CCCCGACCGGGAAUUGAACCCCGAUCGCCUGGAUCCUAGGUCGAUGUUCAGCCUCUGAGCCACAUCCGGCUGGGCCCAAAGAUGUUUCUUUUCGUGGUCUUUUUCCUUCACCCGGGACCCAUCCCAGGAUCAUGCAUUGCAUUCAGGAGUCCCUUCUCUCUUGUCUUCCCUGGAGCAGCUCUCCAGCUUCGUCUUCGGUGACACUGAUGGUUUUGAAGAGCCCAUUCCUGGCAGAGGUGUAGUGGGAGAUACACCUUUGGUGAUGAGGACUGUCCUUUUCACUUGUGUGUUCCCAGCCCCUGGUACCGAGCCUGGCCAUCAGUAAACAGGUGAUGGUCCCUUUGUCUCCUCCGGCCAAAUCCUCAGUUUACCUAGCCUUGUGAGAUCUGAAACUAAGGAAGCUGGGUGCCCCACUUAUCUGCCUGUCGCUUUCCUCGGGUUCCUGGACUUGUGUUCCUGCAGUUCCUCCUCUUGCCUCUACUGUGAACACUUGCUGUCUUGGAUUCGGCUGUCUCCAUGUCCCGCUCAGCUCUGUGUCCAGCACAGAGAUGGAGUAUACACAGAGGCUGAAGGCAGCAGUCCACUACACCGUGGGCUGUCUUUGCGAGGAGAUUGCCUCGGACAAGGAGGUGCGGCUCAGCAAGCAGACCAUCGCAGCGAUUUCGGAGGUGACGUUCCGGCAGUGUGAAAAUUUUGCCCAAGACCUUGAAAUGUUUGCAAGACAUGCGAAAAGAAGCACAAUUAACACGGAAGAUGUGAAGCUCUUAGCCAGGAGGAGUAAUUCACUGCUAAAAUACAUCACAGGGAAAAAUGAAGAGCUCGCUCAGUGUAACGUGGAACGAAAAGCAAAGAAGCAGAAGAAAUUAGAGGGAGCGAGCAGGGCUUCACUGGUACCAGCGGGGGCUGGGGGCGCGGAGCGUGAGAGUCCAAGGCCUUCGCCGGCUGGAAAAAGCCCUCAGCAGGGAGAGCCACCAAGGACGCACGUUGCCACAGAGGGAAAUUUGAAGGGAUAAGUGGAGAUUUAAAAAGAAGGCCAGGAGGCUUUUUGUGCCGUAUUUUCCAAGUCUCUGACCGCGAACGCUAGUUUCAAAGAGAACUGGAAACUAUUAAGCAAAAUAUUCCCAUACCGUGUAUUAUUGAACCACAUAAAAAGGUUUGUGUUUGAAUGGUGUAUAUUGGAAAUUAUAUCUAUUGCAACUAAUAAAAUUGUGUUAGUAGUUAAA